UCAUGGACUACUAGGGCUACUACUGAAGCUAACUUUGUUUUGAUAAGUUUGGCGGAUGUUGUCAUAGUGUUUGAUACUGUGUUACUCCAAAAACAGUAACCUUAUGGCUUAGGCUUUUCUAAUCCGGUUUUCAACUGGCAAGACUGUUUUGUGGUUUGAUGACACUACUACAUUGAAGCAUAGUAAUUUCUCCAAUUUGAACAAUGUCGAGAUCAGGAUCAUCAAGAAGUGGCACGAUUGCCGUGUCAGAUUCAACUCGUGAGUCGUUCACUGAGAAGGAGUUGAUGGAGAUGAAAGAACGCAUGUCAAAUGAAGCAAAUAGAGUAGUUAGAGAUCGCUAUCGAAGUCUUCUCAUUGACCAGCAAGAAAAAGUUGACAGGGCUGGUGAACCAGGUGUGCCUGUCGAAGAACUAAAGACCAUGGUGUGCUUGGCUAAUGAAGAAGUAAAUAAAGUUAUGAGACCUAGGGAGGCUGCGCUAGAUGCAGAAUAUUUGAAGACAUGUGGUCAGUUGAUGAAAGCAACCAUUGAAAGGAGACAGUUUAAUACAACUGAAUUUCAUCCUACCGAAUUCUCCCGGAAAUUGAUGCAGUUCACACAGUUAGAGGAUGAGACACACGUGAAUCUCCAGGAUAAUACAUAUUGGAAAAGAUUAGGAAAAGCUGUAUCUUCAAUAUUUCAAAGCACUGCUCCAGUGGAGAGUAUAUUUGCUGGGAUUGAUUUUGAAAAGCCAAAAAAACAAAGACUUCAGAGAAAAAGAACUGAAGAUAAAGUUGGACCAAAAGUGGUGCCAGUAGCGUUGAAAGAAGUUACAAACGAUGAAGAAAGACAGACAGGAGAACUUACUAGAUUAUAUAACAUUUUGACCAAAAAAUACAGAGAAAACAAUAAGAAGCCUCUGUGCUUUUUCCACUUUGUGGUCAACCCCAAAAGCUACAGUUACACUAUAGAAAAUAUAUUCCAUACAAGUUUCUUAAUAGACAUGCUACGAGCAGAAAUUAGGACAGAUAAAUAUGGCUUGCCAGUAAUAAUACCAAGAGAGCCAGAGGCAGCCAAGCAAGAAAGAAACAAUUGUGGAAAAGGAAAUUCUCAAUGUUUGGUUACAUUGUCAACUGAUGAAUUUGAAGAACUAAUAAAAGCCUUCAACAUCAGAGAAACAACUAUACCUCCUCCACCCGAAGGCAGAAAGAGAAGUAAAAGCGGAACGUGAAAAAGAACUUUACAUUUACUAUAUUAUUUGUAUUGAGUGCAUAGUUGUUUGUAAGGAUUUUUCUAAUUCAGCAUUUUGGUUGAACUGAAUAAAAUAAAAUAUAUUUCCUAAUUUCUCUUCCGAGAAAAUAAACUGCCAUCAGUAUAAAGGCUUUGAUUCUGAAGAUUUUUAGGAUUAGAUUCUUAUAAUAAAGGUCAACACAUUGGUCAUUAGUCAAACGAACCAUA